AUGUGGGUCGUCUCUCACGCAGGUGAGACGGACGAAAAGGCAAUCCUCGAUUCUUCCGCAAGCAAACACAGCGAGAAACCGUCGCAACCACCAAUUCCAAAGAAACGCGCUUCACGACUAUCCAUCAUACUUCUCGAUCAAGGACUGUUCACCGUUUACAAACGCCUCUUUAUCGUUUCAUUGUUCCUAAACGUCGUAGCUCUCGUUCUCGCAGCCACUGGAAAUUUCGCUUACGCUAGAAACAGAGCGUCUCUGUUUUCAAUCGCCAACAUUCUCGCCCUAACUCUCUGCAGAAGCGAAGCCUUCUUGAGACUCGUCUUUUACCUAACUGUAAGCCUCCUUGGACGCUCCUUUGUCCCUCUCCGCAUCAAAACCGCGGUCACAUCGCUCUUACAAAGCCUCGGCGGUAUCCACAGCGGUUGCGGCGUUUCCUCAGUCGCUUGGCUCAUCUACUCAUUAGUGCUCACUCUUAAAGACAGAGACAACACGUCAACAGCGAUCAUAGCGGUUGCGUCCGCGAUUCUCUCUCUCCUCUGCCUCACUUCUGCGGCCGCGUUCCCUCUCGUUCGCCAUCUACACCACAACGUCUUUGAACGUGUCCACAGAUUCGCAGGCUGGUCUGCUUUAGGCCUUGUUUGGGCGUUUAUAGUUCUGACGAUUUCCUACGAUCCAAUAUCAAGAACCUACACCGAUAAUCUCGGCUCGAAGCUGAUCAAAACGCAAGAGUUUUGGUUUACGUUAGCGAUUACCAUCGCGAUUUUGCUCCCUUGGUUAACAGUGAGACGCGUUCCCGUUGACGUAUCAUCUCUCUCGGGCCAUGCGUCACUGAUCAAAUUCAGAGGAGGCGUGAAAUCAGGGAUUUUAGGUCGGAUCAGUCCAUCUCCGUUGUCGGAAUGGCACGCUUUUGGGAUCAUCUCUGAUGGGCAGACAUCGCACAUGAUGCUAGCUGGAGCUGUCGGCGACUUCACCAAGUCCUUAGUUUCAAAGCCUCCGACACACUUAUGGGUCCGUACGGUUCACUUCGCCGGUUUACCAUAUCUCGUUAACUUGUAUGACAAGGUAUUACUUGUGGCCACCGGUUCGGGGAUUUGCGUAUUUUUAUCGUUUCUCUUGCAGCAAAGUAAGGCCGAGGUAUAUCUGAUAUGGGUGGCUAAAGGAUUAGAUGAUAAUUUCGGGUCAGAAAUCGUUAAUAGGAUUAAAGAUUAUCCUCAUCAAGACAGGGUCAUAGUUCACGAUACUGCGAUUUUGGGACGACCAGAUGUGUCGAAAAUGAGCGUGGAAGCUUCCAAGAAGUUUGGAAGUCAAGUUGUAAUUGUCACAAGCAAUCCUGAAGGAAGUCGUGAUGUUGUUAAUGCGUGUAAGGCUUCUGGUGUUCCUGCUUUUGGUCCCAUUUGGUUAUUUUCUUGUGUGUGUAAGGCUUCUUUUUUUUGUGUGUGGUUAUUUUCUGAUAAUUUAUUCUUUGUCCGUUAUUCAACAAUGAUGUAA